AUGGCCUCACCAACGACCGAGGUGAUCCCCUCACCCGAGAUCUCGCCGGCGAGCCCAACAUCCUCAACCGGCCAAAUUCCACUCGAACAACCCCCUAAACUCAAGGGUCGUCAGAAAUUACUGCAGAGCCUCCAGCGCAUGUCAUCUAGUCCGACGUUGCCCCGCCGCGGCCGAUCUGCAUCUACCGGUUAUCGGCGGGACCACAAGGCGUCCUUAUCGUGUGUCUCGUUAUCGUCCGGAUACUCGCCUUGUCUGGGGAAUGGAAGCUCAUCUCAACUUUAUGGGGGCUUGAAUCCCCGACCAGCGACACCGGGCUGCUCCGGUUCGCCGUCUGAGUAUCCGGAUCUUGAUAACGCUCGCAUUCGCGUCGUGGGUACCGAGUCACCCCACGCGCAGCCACGUACCGUACCUUUGCCGUUCGAUGUACGACCGGCUUCGCGUGGCUCGCCUCGUCGCAGCGCGAUUUUGGAGGCACCGGGUGUGGUCGAAGAGAUUGCGCUGCCGGAGCCUGAGUCAGUGCGGACGCUUGAUUUCUGGGGUGACAUGCCACAGGAAUUGAAAGUGGAAAUAUUUCGUUAUUUGACACCGCAGGAGAUUGUACGCUGCUCGUCGGUCUCAAAGAUGUGGCAUGACAUGUGUUAUGACGGUCAGCUGUGGUCCAAGGUCGAUACUACUGAUUACUAUCAGAAGAUUCCCAGUGAUGUUCUAGUGAAACUCAUGACCUGCGGUGGGCCCUUUGUGCGUGACCUCAAUCUCAGAGGCUGCAUCCAGCUGCGCGAGAAGUGGUCUUCGGAUGGGGAGCGGAUCUCUGACCUGUGCCGAAACGUUGUCACAUUCUCGCUUGAGGGCAGCAAGAUUGACAAGACAUCUAUGCAUUACUUUUUGCUGCGGAACUCUCGCUUGGAAUAUAUUAAUCUUUCAGGACUAAAGAGCGUGACAAACUCGUCAAUGAAAAUAAUCGCGCAAUCUUGUCCACGGCUUGAAGUUUUGAAUAUUUCUUGGUGCCAGCAGGUCGAAUCUAAGGGUCUUCGGAGAGUAUUCCAGUCUUGUGGCCGAUUAAAGGAUCUUCGUGCCAGUGAAAUACAGGCCUUUGAUGACGAAGAUUUUGCCAAUGAGCUGUUCGAGCGCAAUAAUCUUGAACGACUGGCCAUCAGCCGCACCAACCUGACUGACGAGGCUCUCAAAGUGUUGAUGCACGGCGUGGACCCGGAGAUGGACGUGUUGACCGACCGUCCUAUUGUGCCACCCCGGAGAUUCCGACACCUUGAUUUACAUCAUUGCUCGGCUUUGACCGAUGCCGGAUUGAAAAGUCUUGCGUUCAACGUUCCAGAUCUGGAAGGCCUACAGGUCUCACAGUGCCCGGAGUUGACCGAUGCAUCAAUUAUCGAUAUCAUUCGGACCACGCCACGACUUUCCCAUCUGGAAUUGGAAGAUCUGGACAAACUGACCAAUAACUCGCUCGUUGAACUCGCCAAGUCGCCAUGCGCUCAGAGACUCGAGCACUUAAAUAUCAGCUAUUGCGAAAGCCUUGGUGACACCGGAAUGCUCCAGGUGAUGAAGAAUUGCCCCAAGCUGCGCUCUGUGGAGAUGGACAACACUCGGGUCUCCGAUCUCACAUUGAUGGAAGCGAGUUUCCGUGUCCGCCGACGAGGCUACGGUGAAGAUUUUCCCCAAGUCGGACUCCGCCUGGUCGUUUUCGACUGCGCUAAUGUCACCUGGGCGGGUGUCAAGGAAGUAUUGUCCAGCAACGCGUAUAUUCCUCGCGCCCGCAAACCAGUGUCAGCAGUUGUGACGGUGACUCAGACUUCGGACGCAGGUUCGUCCCCGAUGACCACCACUUAUGUCACCCCAACUUCUACACCGUCUCCGUCGCCCACUUACCCAAGCGAGAUCAUCCAACUCAAGUGCUUCUAUGUAUGGCAGAUGACCGUUGACGAACACACGAAGCGGGUUUUGCGUGGUGACCUGUCUGCUGCGAGUCGAUUGGAUCGCAAGUGGGCAGACUACAUGAUGGCUACCGAGGAGGCCGGUGCCGCUGGUGCCGGAGCUCGACGCAGACGACGCCGGGCCCGCGAGGCGGAACGACUUUACAAUGCUGAUGAAGAUGAGGAAGAUGCUUUCGGUGUUGGUAGUAUUAGCGGCCAGGGCCGACGACGGCGUGCCCAGAGCGGUGGUGGCUGUGCAUUGAUGUAG